GAAGAACAUCCUUCAGAACUCAACCCAACUCACACGGGUAUUAUGGGGAGCGCGUGCUAUCGGCACUUUUCGGUGUUUUGCUGUUUAGUUUGGUUAAUCAGCAGCUUUUAUUCAGCUGUUGAAGGCUAUCCUAGACCACUGACAGAUUGUGAUGAUUAUGGAGAUUAUAUUCAGGCCUCGGCUUUACUAAGUUCUCUGUGUGGUGUGGAGUGGAGGAACCAGGACCAGGAGCAGAUUCAGAAUGUUUUUAAGAGGUUCCUGUUUCAUUAUUCCAAAGCACACAACUCAGUCGGCGAAGUGGAGAGAGAGUCUCACUCGGUUCAUCCGCUGAUGCGUCUCUCGCCGAAGCUCUCUCUGCGCAGGAAGAAACAGCAGCUGAAGAACGUUUGCGGCACUUCUGGAAGAAACACGCGAGACGUCCUCUGUUCUUAUCUGGGAUUCUCUCUGACACCGUAACGCCUAUAAUGUGUUAAAGCUGCAUUAUUGUUGCUGUCAAGCUCCA